CCCUAGACUCUCCUAUCCCGUCCCAUACCGGCAAUCGUGAUAAGCCAGAGCACUCCGAAGUCAAACCCGGGCCGAAACACCGCAAAGAAACUCGCAUAUACUGCCUACCUUCACACACGGAACCAUGGAGUCCAGGAAGAUGGAAACCCUUCUCGGGCUGACGCGGCGGUUACGCUCCAAGCUCCUGUCUAUGUUCCUCUCCUCCAGACCUACUAAAGCUGCUUCCCCCCUCCCCCCUCCCGAGGAGACCCAACCCAGCGACCAACAAGGCCUCUGCGGCGAGGCCCUAACUUUGGCUACUCAGCUCCACGGCCAGACGUUCCACCUCCCGGACCUAUGGAAGAUCUUUGCCGACUGGCCGAUGGCUGCGAGCCCGCACGCUGAGCGCCUCGAGAUCCUCGUCAACGAGAUGCUGGAGAGGAUCACGACAGACGAGAGGAAGCUCAAGGCCCUGAAGCGCGCAGACUUCGCCCGCCUCCUCUCCCUCUGGUACCCCGACUCAGAGUGGGAUGAGCUCGUAAUAGCCACAGCCUACUCGGUGUGGAUUUUUGUCUGGGAUGACGAGGUGGACGCUGGCGAUACCGAGGUGUCGACGGACGAGGAGCUCGCGCGGGCUUACUACCAGAAGUCGCUGGACGUGAUCCGCAACCUGCUCGGCCUCGUGCCGGGCAACGAGGAGGGCGCGCUGGACCUCUCGGGCAGCCUGGUGCUGCGCAGCAACAUGGACCUGUUCGUCGACGUAGGCAGCGGGAUGCGCCCGACUACGGACAAGCUCCAGCGCGAGCGCUUCUACCGCGAGCUCGAGAACUUCAUGAUCAACGUCGGCGUUGAGCACAGCUUACGCAUGCGAGGGGCCAUCCCGACCGUGGCCAGGUACCUCGAGAUCCGCUCCGGAUCGGUUGGAUGCGCCCCCCAGAUAGCCAUUACGGACUCCAUGCUCAAGAUAAGGCUUCCCGAGUCCAUAAUGGACUGUGCGGCCAUGAAGGAGCUAUGGAAGGAGACCGUGCUGAUAUGUCUCAUCCUCAACGACAUCUACUCGGUACAGAAGGAGAUCGCCCAAGGCUCGCUCUUCAACCUCGUACCGGUGAUGUACAAGAACUGCAGUCCGGAGACGCAGAACCUCGACACGGUGACCCGGCAGAUCGAGGAGACGCUGCGGGGGUCGAUGCGGGGGUUUGAGACGGCGGCGGCAGCGCUCGACGCCGAGACGGCGGGCGACGCCAAAGUCAACGAAGACGCGCGCCGCUUCGUCCGGUGGUGUCGGUACUUCACCACGGGCGUGCUGCAGUGGAGCCUCGAGUCGCAGCGGUACGGGAUGGCGAAGUGCGUACGUGAGGACGGGUCGCUCGAGAUCGUGCUAUGACCGCGCGGGGGGAGCAAGGAGGGAGACGUUCAGAGAGAGAGCAAGCGAGGACAGGGAAGCGCGGGGGGGCGUACGGAGUUGGACUGGGAAGGACGAGGAGGAAAUGUGCACAACAUCGUUACCAUCGGCAUCAGCAUCGGCAUUGUUUACACUCUUUUCGCGUUUUCUCUAACAUACUACUCUGCAUCCAUCUACUACACGAACACACCCGUACCACAACACAUUGUUACGGCUCACUCUUCCUCUCUCUCCGCCCCUCACAUUGUCACAUUGUCACAUUUACACAUUUAGUUUCACACCCCCGCAUACUUUGGUCUAGGAUAUGUCUGGUGUAUACAUGGAAUGUGUGGACGGGAAUACUAGGCAUCGGGAUCGGAUUGGGUCGUGCGGCUCUCUUUUUUCAGACUAUCUAUUUUUCCUUCUUGUUUACACC